CCACUUCACUCUCACAUUCAGCAUUCAAAAUACACACACAGUUACUCCAUUUCAGUUUUCAGCCAUCAAUAAUUGUUCAAGUACCACCUGCAUGUAAUUGAUUUAUUUAAUGCAAAUGUUCCCCUCUUUCCUAUCCAGUAUAGGCAAUUUCUUCAGAGACCAUUUCUCUGCAUAAUUUAUUGCAAAGAAAAACCAUCCAUUACCACCAACCACCACUGCUUCCACUGUUUCCUGACACAGACACCACCGCUCCUUCACUUUCCCUGCAGAAACUCAACACACAACAAAAACAAAGAAAGAGGGAACACAACAAAAACAAAGUACUUAUAUAUAUAUUUCCACUUUCUUCUCUUUGUUCCAAAUCUCCAACUUCUAGAAAAAGGGUUGAUCUGUUUUUUUCUUUCUUUUUUUGGUUGGUUCUUUCCUUCAUAUUCUGAACCCUCUGCUAUACUUUUCUGCUUGUUGACAGAACCUUCAGGGUUUUGGAUCACUGACAUGUUUUUUAACAGUUUAUUCUGAGUCCUUGGUAAUUUGGGGAUAGUUCUGUUCUGUGAUGAGAACAGUUGAUAAUUCCUUUUGUCAAAUCCAGUAAUCAAAGUUCCCUCCUUUGCUCUCUUAUAGUGCAGAGAAGGACAUGGUCUUUUACUAAAUAAGGGUGAUUCUGCUACUAGCUAUACUAAGUCUAUACUGGUUAGUUUCACAUCUUCUGGGGGGAAAGUAGAAUGGGAUCUGGCAAUGAGGUUCACUCAGUUGGAGAGUUCAAUUUGGAUGCUAGGUGGCUUAUAGAUUCCAAACAACUUUUUGUUGGGCCUAAAAUUGGGGAAGGUGCCCAUGCCAAGGUGUAUGAAGGAAAAUAUAAAAAUCAAAACGUUGCUGUUAAGAUUAUUAAUAAGGGAGAAACCCCAGAAGAGAUUUCUAGGAGAGAGGCUCGGUUUGCCAGAGAGAUUGCAAUGUUAUCUAGAGUUCAACACAAAAAUCUAGUUAAGUUUAUUGGGGCCUGCAAAGAACCUGUUAUGGUUAUAGUAACUGAACUUCUGUUAGGAGGAACUUUGCGCAAGUAUCUAUGGAGUAUCCGGCCGAAGUGCUUGGACAUGCAUGUGGCAGUUGGAUUUGCUCUUGAUAUUGCCCGGGCAAUGGAAUGCUUACACUCCCAUGGGAUCAUUCAUCGUGACCUUAAACCUGAUAAUUUGAUCUUAACAGCAGAUCAUAAAACUGUUAAACUUGCGGAUUUUGGUCUUGCCAGAGAAGAGUCCUUAACAGAGAUGAUGACUGCUGAGACGGGGACAUAUCGUUGGAUGGCGCCUGAACUUUACAGCACUGUCACUCUAAGACAUGGGGAGAAGAAGCAUUACAACCAUAAGGUGGAUGCGUAUAGCUUUGCAAUUGUGUUGUGGGAGCUCAUCCAUAAUAAGUUGCCCUUUGAAGGCAUGUCUAAUCUCCAGGCAGCAUAUGCAGCUGCUUUUAAGAAUACAAGGCCUAGUUCUGAAGACCUCCCUGAGGAUUUAGCUCUGAUUGUGACUUCAUGUUGGAAGGAGGAUCCAAAUGAUCGCCCCAAUUUUAGUCAAAUCAUACAGAUGCUUCUUCAAUAUCUCACUACUAUUUCACCAUCCAAGCCAGUUGUUCCGAUGCGAAUGGCUAUGUCUGAGAAUGUUGUGAUGUCACCAGAAACUCCAGGCACAAGUGCUUUAAUGGCCAGAAGAGAUUAUGCCGGGGAAUCUCCAAAAGGUUUUUUCUUCUGCUUUAACCAGUGUUACUGAUUCCUCAAAUGUUACCAAUGUUACAAGCAGAAUCUUGACAAGAAAACAAUUAUCAUGUAAAUCAGUUUUGCGCACCUUGCUUCCAUGUUCUCAACAAGAGUAGCAACAUGUUAUUUUGACAUACUUCUGACCAAUAUGUAAGGAGGCAUAAAAGAAAAAGAAAAAUUGGGGAUAAGGUUGCUGUGAUGUGAUGUUGUAUUUAAUUAGGUUCAUCCAAAGGCCUUCACCUCCUGUUUAAAUGUAUGGAAUGGCAUGGAUAAUAAGAGAAAUUUGGGGAAGUUUAUCUUUGUGUUCACUACUUGGUGUGUUACUGAUUCCAUUGCAGUUAUGAUGUGAACUUCCAAGAACAGAUAUUAUAGCGACCUCAAGAGUUGCAGUGAAACAUUGGUUUGAUCAGAAAUUUAUUUUUCUUUCUAUA